AUGGAGCUGUUAUUGCCAGUGUCAGACAGCGGUCCAGAAGCUCGGGAGCUGUCAAGCCUGCGGGGUCUACAUGAAUCACGUCAUUUCUUAAUCUUCGACGAAAAUCUCCCCAUCUACCUUCACUAUGAUCCGCAAUCAUACGAAUGGAGAGGUUUGGUGAUCAGGAUAAAUGAGACGGUUAUGUUUGAGGGCCGGGACAGGAGUAUCUGGAGGGUGUGUGGCGAGGACAACGUGUGGAAGUUGGAUCCCGAAAUAGUGCGCGAGCGGCUCUUCCACAGUAAUGUGGUGAUGAAUAACGGCAAUCGGAAUAGAAUCACGUUGCACGUUCUGUACACGGAGAAGGGAAUGGGGGCAACCAUUGUACCGGGGCAAGAGAAGACCCUGCCCUGUUUUGAGGCCCUGGCGGAACAAGAGCUGAAGGCAAUGGUGGUGGACUCGGCACCGGAGAAGGAGGCGAGUCUGUCGUACCCGAUCUAUUCACUGCUCAACGUGCGUCUGCGGAACUUCACGCUACCAACCAAGAGUAUCGUGCUCUCGUCGCUCGAUUUCCAGGCGUCUAAGUCCUUCUGCGAGUUGGUGCGGGAUCCGCAGAUCAGUAUCUCCUUCAUCAAGUACGAGCUGGUAGACGGUGUGUCCGCGGUGUCGCUGGCCCCCAUGUGCUCCACGAAAUUCCCUCUGGUGAUGUCGCAGUACGACAGCUUCAGUAUCAUCUACCGCCUGGUGGAGAACAAGCAGCGGUCGCAGCGUAUCCGGAUCACGAUCGAGUACCAGCUCACCAGCGACGCACACGUAUACCCCGUCGUCACGUCAUGGGACACAGAAGUCUCUUCCCGGCGGAUGGGUGCGGGCACCGCGGUAUACCAGCCACCCUCGCAGUCCAAUACCACUUACACCACCCCCUACGCUGCGUCGGUGCCGUUUUUUGGCAACGUACUCACGUCCAGUGCCAACCACUUGGAAUCGACUGUUUCACUACAUCAACAGAUACAACCCAAGUUCAAUGCCAACGUUUCGUUCACCUUCUUCGAGCCGGCAGUACUUGUAUCCGUUGGCCGGAAGUUCACCCUUCGACUCCUGGUCAGCAACUCUUCUCAAUGUGCAAUAAAUCUCGUCGUGUAUUACUCAUCUAUCCGUGCCAAAGAAACCCAUGACAUGCGGCGCCGCAGGCAAUAUGAAGGCAUCGUCCUGCUCUCGAAUGACUACAAGGUGCCCAUAAUCUAUCCGGGGGAGACUUACGAGCUUGAGUUGCACUGCAUCGCCUUUAUCCCGGGCUACUACCACCACCUAAGGGGACUAAAAGUUGUCGACCUCGACACAAAGGCCGUCCAGGAGAUUGGACAUAGCAUAUCAAUACUGGCUAGCUAG